AUGCAUUGUUUUCUUCUCCUUCUUCUUGCAACGACUUGUUUCUUCUCUCUCCAUCUCUGUUUGGCUCUGGACAGUCUCACAUUCACAAAACCGAUCAAGGACUCAGAGACUCUUGUCUCUCAAGGCGGAAGGUUCAGGUUCGGAUUCUUUAGCACUAUUAAAUCCAAAAACAAGUAUGUUGGGAUAUGGUUCAGUGACGUCUCUCCACAAACUGUAGUAUGGGUUGCAAACAAGAACACACCAAUCAGUGACUCCUAUGGAGUUAUUUCGAUUUCUAAUGAUGGAAACCUCAUGGUUACAAAUGGUCUUGGACAGGUCUUUUGGUCCUCGAACGUCUCAGCGCCAUUAGUUGCUAAUGCUAGUAAGGCUAGGCUUAUGGAUUCUGGGAAUCUUGUGUUACAAGGUAACAAUGGAGAGACUCUAUGGGAGAGUUUUAACUAUCCAUCUGAUACCUUCUUGCCAGGAAUGAAGCUUGGGAAGGACUCAAAAGCAGGGGAAAACAGGAAGAUUACUUCUUGGAAAAGUCUUGAUAAUCCCUCACCUGGAAGCUAUUCAUUUGGGAUUUCUCCUCUCAAGUUCCCAGAGCUCUAUAUUUGGGAGAAGGAACUUCCGAAAUGGCGUACCGGGCCGUGGAACGGUCAGGCAUUCAUCGGUAGCCGGAGAAAUCCUAGAAAACGGUUUAAAGGGUUUAAUCUUGAGAAGGACAAUCAAGGGAAAAUGUUACUAUCAUAUGAAGAAAGUUCGUUAAUGUUUCACUUCAAACUGGAACCUGAAGGAGUCCUACAUGAGAAAGCAUGGAACAAGGAGAAGCAAGAGUGGAGUAGUGGACCUGAUGUUCCUGGGCCGCCAUGUAAUAGUUAUGGUAAAUGCGGUGAAUUUGGCAUUUGCAGCUUCAAUGAAACCGUUCCUUGUAAAUGCGUCAAAGGGUUUGUGCCAAAGAAUCAAACAGAGUGGAGUGGAGAAAACUGGAGAAGUGGAUGCGUAAGAAAGGAGCCAUUGCAUUGUGAUAGAGGAAGCAAUAACAAUUGGAUAAAAAGAGAUGUGUUCAUGAAGCUAGAGAUGAUUAAAGUGCCGAUUUCUGUGGAGUUUUCAGAAGCAAAUGAAAAUGGAUGUGAGAAGACAUGUGUGGAUGAUUGCAACUGCACUGCGUAUGCUUUUAAUGAUGUCAAUGGAUGUAUGCUCUGGAGAAGAAGCUUACUUGAUUUGCAAGAUUAUAUGCGCAAUGGUAUCGCUCUUUAUAUUCGCGUUGCAAGUUCAUCAGCUGUUUCAUCUAAACAAACCCACACACAUAUCGUUAAGAUUUCUAUUGGGAUCGCAGUGGCUCUUGUUGGCAUUGCACUUUCAGUUUUGAGUGUUUUCAUAUGGCUCAGGUUUGCAAAGCGUAGAGGAAAAAAUCGAAAUGCAAGAUUAGUGUUUCAGAUGAUUGAAGCUUCUUCUACAGUAAGUAAUGUGAGUGGAAGUAUUUUUUUAAAUCAACCUAAGCUCGAGGAGCUGCCAUUGUUUGAGUUUCAAAUGUUGGCUACAGCAACAGACAAUUUUGCUCUCACAAAUAAGCUCGGACAAGGCGGUUUUGGUGUUGUUUACAAGGGAAAACUGCAAGAAGGGCAAGAAAUUGCUGUUAAAAGACUUUCGCAGGAUUCUGGACAAGGACUCGAGGAGCUUAUGAACGAAGUAAUUGUCAUUUCCAAAUUGCAACACAGAAAUUUAGUGAAAUUACUUGGAUGUUGCAUCGAGGGAGAAGAGAGAAUGUUAGUCUAUGAGUUCAUGCCAAAGAAAAGCUUGGACCAUUAUCUAUUUGGCCAGCAGGAGCAAACACUUCUUGAUUGGAAGACGAGGUUUAACAUUAUCAAUGGUAUUUGUAGAGGUCUUGUGUAUCUUCAUCGAGAUUCUAGGCUAAGGAUUAUACAUAGAGAUCUCAAGGUUAGCAACAUCUUGUUAGAUGAGCAUAUGAAUCCGAAGAUAUCAGAUUUUGGGCUCGCCAAGAUUUUUCACAUAAAUGAAGAUGAAGCCAACACAUCAAGAGUGAUUGGAACAUACGGCUAUAUGUCACCGGAGUAUGCAAUGCGAGGUUUGUUCUCAGAAAAAUCCGACGUUUUCAGCCUCGGAGUCAUAAUAUUAGAGAUUGUGAGUGGAAGAAAAAACUCGAGCUUUUUCAACGAUGACAAGAAUAUGCAUCUUUUAGAUUAUGCUUGGAAACUAUGGAAUGAUGGGGAGGCUACCGCUCUUGCUGAUCCUAGAAUCUACGAUAAGUCUUUUGAAAAUGAAAUACGCAGAUGCGUGCACAUUGGUUUAUUAUGCGUACAAGAUCACUCAAACGAUAGGCCAUGCGUUUCAACAGUGAUUUCGAUGCUCGGUAGUGAAAACAUAGACCUCCCCGAGCCAAAGCAACCCGCUUUUGUAGCGAAAUGGGACGCUGAGAAAAGAGCAUCGUUCAACGAUGUGAGUGUCACAGCAGUCUCAGGACGGUAG